CAGAAAUUCAGUCGGGAACGUCUGAGCUUAAACAUGAUUAUGCAAUAUUUGAUGGUUGACGUUUUGUUCCUUUGGUGCAUAGUUUUCGUUAGAGCUGAUGAAUCUGCAAAAUCAGUUUCUACAGCAGCAUCUGUUAAAAAAAGCGAUUCAAGUGCUGUUAGAGCAUCUUCAAAACUCAUUCACAAAACUGGAGGAUACCUUGGAACGAAAUCUGAAUUUCAGCAGCGGACCAAUGAGUUUAGGGAUGGUGAUGACCAGAAACAAGAAAUCCCUAAGACACCCAGAGGGUUUGCUGAUUUCGUAAGUGGUGAUGAUGACUCGUAUAACGCAAGUCCAGAUGAACAAACCACGAGAUGGUCACCUUACUACAUACCAACCGUUCGUGACUCGAUGUAUGACAGUGGAUCCAAUCCUGAUUGGAAUGUCUGGAAAAGGGAUGAUGAGAGACCGUUUGCCAAGUUUAGCCCCGAGUACGCUGACAUGCUUAUGAUGAUGCAGGCAAUGAAAAAGAUGGACUCUAACUCCGGAUCUAGGCCUGGUUUGCUGAGCAGGAUUCUAGACAAUCCAGCAACUCUUGUGAUGGCUACGUUUAUACCAAUGUCCCUUCUUUUAGCAGCCGCUUUGCCAUUGAUUAUGAAAGUAAUGAUGAAUGGCAUUACCAUUCCUGCCUUAGUGACGACAGCAAGCAAAGGGCGAGGUUUUUCAGAGAAUGAUUCACCAGAUUUCCUCGGACCUAUUCUCGAAAGUUUGGCUGAUUUCGGUUCCCGGUAUUUAGAUAACCCUGAUUGUCUACAAAAAAUAUUUUGUGAAAUGGCGAGAGAUAACACCUCAAAGGAAACGUCUGGUGCUAAAUACCUUAAACAAGCUGCGAGUGCUGCUACUUUCAUAGUAAAUGAAGACCUGCUUAAGUCUUUUGGAAUUAAGUCCUUUGUUGAAUCCAUCAAAAAUGGAAAAUGUGACCAACUAUUGUGCUCAAAACAAAGCAAAGCUGCAAGUCCCAGCCUUUUAAAUGUGAUAAAUGAGGCUAUAUUUGACCACACGAUGAAAAAUAGACCACGAUUGAGGUAA